UCCCAAGAUGGCGAAAGGAGAUUAUGUGGUUUAUGUUAUUGCCGCGCUCUUUUUCGCCGGAUGGAUAUUUAUGUGGUCCGUUCAUGUGGUAGCUAUAGUGUAUGGCAAAUGGAGGUUGUACCGGCGGGCGCCGCCGCUCGUGUUGGAGAGUGGUCUGCCGGGCGUGUCCAUCAUGAAACCACUCGUCGGCGUCGACUCCAACCUCUUCAGCAACCUGGAAACCUUCUUCAACAUGAACUAUCCAAAGGUACAAGCCAAUAUUAAACAUGUUAUGAACAUUGAAAAGUAUAUAGUACAAACAAAUAACAAUAUGAACAAAUAUUAUAUGGCAAAUGGGAUUCUAUAUUUCACAGUUUACGAUAGGAAUCACAACGAUAUAAAUACGAUAUCUCAAUAUACACUUGAUUGUGAAUUUAUAUGUAAUAGGAUCCCGAACGUACAAAUAGUUGGUGGAAAACUUGCCGGAGUGAACCCUAAGAUCAACAACAUGAUGCCAGCGUACGAAGCUGCGAAAUAUGAGCUGGUGAUGGUGUCGGACAGUGGACUCCGAAUGAAGGAGGACACGCUAACAGAUAUGGUGAACACGAUGACGGAUCGAGUGGGCAUGGUACAUCAGAUGCCGUACACGUGCGACAGAACCACCUUUCCUGCAACUCUAGAGAAGAAUGUUGUUAAGGCUCUCCUUGAAAGACUUCCACCACCUAAGUCUGACUCAGCGUGGACGAAGCUGCGCAUCGCCAUGCUUCCGCUGCUCAUCUUCUUCGAGCCGAUGUCGGAGUGCGUCGUGAUGGGCAUCGCUGGCUCACUCAGCAUCAUGCACCUGUUCGAUUGGAGCUUCCUCGUCUGCUACCUGGUGCACGUGCUCAUCUGGUUCUUGCUCGAUUACAUACUGCUGAAGACUACGCAGAACGGCGCGCUGCCCUUUGGCAAGGUGGACUACAUCGUUGCGUGGCUCAUGCGCGAGCUCUCCGUCGUUCCCAUCUUCGUGCAGGCGCUAUUCGAGCCGACGAUAUCAUGGCGGACCGGUGCGCAGGUGCGGCUGCGCUGGGGCGGCGUCGCCGAGGAGUGCAGCGGUGUGAAGAAGUGACCGUCGUCGUCGUCGUCGUCGUCGUCGUCGCGUCGCGGUGGUGGCGCCGAGCCGCGCACGGCCUCGCACGAAACUCACUCGCCAUUGUGAUAUCUCUGUGUCCCUGUCAUCGUCGUCGCAGCGUCGCAGUUUUGUGUUUGUGCGUGCGUACGUACGUUUGCAUGCGCUUGUGUGCGUGCGUGCG